CGCAUCUGAGAAAGAUGGAUUGACAUCCUCAUUGAAAAGAGGCAAGAAAGGUUUUAAAAAAAGGAGAAAAAGAAGAAGAGAUUAUGAUUUGAAGGUUGGUAUGGCAGCGGGUGACAAACAAAACAACGUCAAAAAUGUUUAAAGCACCACAACAUUCAUUUUCAGAAAGAACAGACGUUUUUUCCACAAAUAACUAUACUAUGGAAAAUUCGUAUUGUCUCUGUGGUCAACCAUACGACCCAAAUAUUUUUAUGAUCCAGUGUGAUGCCUGUAAAGAUUGGUUUCAUAGCAUUUGCUGCAAUUUCCCUGAGUACACAGCUAUCGAAAUAGACAAAUAUCAUUGUCCCAGAUGUGUUCCAACGUUUGGUCCAUCCAUAAGUAAACCUAUUUGCAAUAGGCACAGGCACGAUUACUGGGAUGAUGACUCUUCAACAAAACCUGUACAGACAGGGACUCCUGUAUUUAUAAAAGAGUUAUGUGCUAGGCACUUUGCUCCAGAAACUGAUGUUGUGUUACAUAUCAGAGGGCAGCAAUUAACAGAAACAUUUUUAAAAACACAUGGGUUUAACAGACCUUUUGUCAUAGAUAGUAAAGAUGGCUUGGAUCUGACAAUCCCCCCAGAAAAUUUUAGUGUCUAUGAUGUGGAACAGUUUGUGGGGGGUGACAUGGAAAUAGAUGUAAUUGAUGUUUGUCGUCAAAGUAAUAUUAAGAUGAAACUUAGGGAAUAUGUAGAAUAUUUUAAUAGUAUAAAUCGUACCAGAGUGUUCAAUGUUGUUAGCCUGGAAUUUUCAUCUACAGGACUUGCAUCAUUAAUUGAAGCUCCAAGUAUAGCACGUGCUUUAGAUUGGGCCAACAUUGUUUGGCCUCCCAAUUAUCCUGGAAAACCUCAAGUUCAAAAAUACUGUCUCAUGAGUGUCAAAGAUUCUUACACAGAUUUUCAUAUAGAUUUUGGAGGGACAAGUGUUUGGUACCAUGUUCUGAGAGGUGAAAAAAUAUUCUAUUUUGUUAAACCAACUCCUGCAAAUAUGACUUUAUAUUCCCAGUGGAUGACAUCAACUAAUCAAAGUGAAACAUUCUUUGGAGAUCAGGUUGACCAAUGUGUAAAAUGUGUGAUAAGGCAAGGUCAGACCAUGCUUGUACCAACUGGGUGGAUUCAUGCUGUAUAUACUCCAGUGGAUUCUUUAGUUUUUGGUGGAAAUUUCUUACAUAGUCUUAAUAUUAGUAUGCAAUUAAGUGUAUAUGAAAUAGAGAAGAAAAUUAAAACAGAGCAUAAGUUCCUCUAUCCGAAUUUUGAGAUGAUAAAUUGGUUUUCUGCAGCCUAUUUACUAGAACAAUUAACAGAGAUCAACAUGCAAGAAAGUAGAUGUCCAGACUAUUUUUUAGUAGGAAUAAAGUCUUUACUACAGGCACUGAAACAUUGGAAUACUGAAAAAGAUUAUAAUUUGUCUGUGCGUGAACAGAUACCAGUUACAAUAAACGUCCCAAAGCUUAUAAAAGAUAUAGGCAAAGAAAUUAGACAUGCAGAGAGAUACAUCAUCCAAUUAAAUCCCCCUAAACCAGAGAGGGAGUCGAAACGAAAACGAAAAAAACCUGUAAACAAAGAUUUUGUUGAUUAUUCAUUGUUACCCAAAGGCACUUCUCAAGAUUUUAUGCCCCUCAAUGAGCUACCCCCGCCCCCAGCAACUCCUAUAAAAUAUUCCCGACAGUCCUCCUUGAAGCUCACAUUACCCAAACCUGCAAUGUACCCAUAUGAGAGGUCAGGAACUUCUGCAGAUGAUCCAGCAUUAGUUCCAACAGGCAGACCUUUGGAUACACAGCACUGGUUGAAUAUGCCUUUUGACCGACCACAAGAAACUGUUGCAAUUCACCGAGGUGGAACUGUUUUGAAAUUUAAAUUGGGGUCAAAGGAUAUUCUUCCACAAACAAUUCCCAAUGCACCACCAACAGAUUAUGUGUUCAGAGAUGAUUUGGGUGGAAAUUCUCAAGAUAUUUAUGAUUUUCAUGAUGAUAGUGAUAGAGAUGAAGACUGCUUUAAUUUUACGAUAGACGAAUCCCCACAGAAGAAACCUAAGAAGGCAGGCGUUAAAGUGCGUGCUGCUGCAAAAAAACAUAAAAUUCUGGGAGGAGAUUUAGAAGGAUCUAAUGGAAUUGAAUCUCUAAUUCAAGCCUCUGCCCUGUCAGUACCAUUGACGGUGGAUGGAGGUACAUCCCCAUCGACUCAAGAAGCUAUUGCUGGUAUGCUCUCUAUUAGUCAAAACUGGCCACCAAAUAAAACCCAAAGAAAAAAAUAUGUUCAAAGUCCUAUAGAAGAAAAUGUUAACAAUGUUCAUCAAGAUGAUGAUUACAUUUAUCCAUCUUUAGACAAUUCAGAUGAUGAAGAUGUUCAUAUAUUCAAGCCGAGAGGUCGUUCAAAAGUGGACGAGGCUUGGAACCCCAAAGCGCGAGUCGGUCCCCUUCUGCCCAAGAUGAAUAGGCCCGCGCGAGAAGGUACCAAGAAGCAGUCCGUGGAGAAAGUUCUCGAAGCAGCGGCAGCUAGAAGGCUACAUGAAAUACCUGAGAAAAUUAAUAAGUUUCCUAAGAGGCAAUACCGUCGCAGGAAAAUCAAACCGAAAUUAGACGUUCGUAGCCCAUCGACAAGCGGCACGUCGAUAGCAGGUACAUCGGCGUCGAUUCCCACCACACCAACUAGUAGUAGCAUCUCAACACCCAAACCCCGCAAGGGAAUGAAGACUGUCAAACAACGAUUAGGAAAAAUAUUGAAAAUUCAUAAAAUGAUACAUUAAUUUAUGAUUUAAAUUAGUUGGUUGAUUAUUUUCGGAGGUACAUUUGUUUUCAUCAUGUAAAGAGAUUAGAAUUACUGCAGUGAAUUAGAGUAUUUUGGAAAAAAUAUGUUGAUUUAACUAUGCAGAAACUGUUUAUUUAAAUUUGAAUAGAUGAUUUCAUUGUAAGACAUUGCCGUUUCUAGGUGACUUGUGCCUUCUAUUAGUUUACAUAGCAAUAGAGGCAAGAUUUUAUUUCAAAGGAAACUAAAUUAUCAUUUCGGCAAUUAGCAGUGGGAUUCUCAUCUUUCGAUACGUCUCGUAUCGAGAUGAUUAUAUUUGGUUGGCAUACUGCGAUUCUUAUGUAAAAUAUUUCUCUAUUCGAUACAUAACGUGUCGAGUUUGCAUGUAAGGAUCCCAUUAUCUUCUUUUUUCCUUGUGUUCUUUAGCUGUAUGGGCUCAGUUUUUCACUAGCACUAUCUGAGAUCUACCUAGCUUGUCAAGAAG